GACUUCUAUUCCUUCAGCAAUACCACCCCAGGUGUAUUCUAUUAUAAAUAUCAGGUACUUUUGCUCUAAAAUGCAUUUUACAAGCCGCCAAACUAUAUCUUCUACCAGCUUAACUGAUCCAAAAUGUAGCUAUCCCCAAGUCAUUAAUGGGACCGCUGGUCUCUAUUGCGCAAAACUUUGUUUGCCACAUGUAUCUAAUAUCUCAUAUUCGAUUCCACACAUGAACAAUUACUACUUCGUUCAGUUAAAACUGCCUACAUCAUUAGCCAACACCUGCUUUGUGCCGUCAACGAUGCAAGCUGAUCAGAGUUUGCAUGGCAUUGACCAACAAUGUCGAGUUUUUUAUCUCACGGUAGAUCCACUGGUGGUAUGAUUUCCUCCACUCCUCUAGAUGCUCAUGUUAUUUAAUUUGACACUUCUAUAGCCACCAAUUUAACAUGCAUUCAAUGACAUUUUUUUAUUUUUUUCAAUUGUUAAUAUACCUUUCGCUGAUAUUUACAAUUUUCUCUUUUAUCCAUAACAGAAUAUGCAUGCUUUACCAAACCUGUUCUAUCGAAAGUACUAUCAUUACCUAGGCAAUCGGAUGAAAAUAGUGGAUGCUAAUCGUAACACUGUCCAUCUACAGAUUAUCAAAGGGUAUAUGACGGCCUACAUUGUGGAAGAGUUUGAUCAUUUGGUUCACGUAUAUCGCCUUUUAAAUGGAGGUAUUAUGAAGCUGAGGUUCCUAUUCAAUGAUAUCUUUUAUGGGAUCAAGGUGGGGGAUGAUAAGAUGGCUAGCAUUCCAAUCGUCUUUUCUCUAGGACUCGCACACAGAUCAUAUUUCACAAAAAGAAAAAGAUAUGGUUCCACCCGAUCCUUUUUUCGAUGAGAUUGAGACAUUCCAUCAUGAAACGUACAAGCAAAAGAAGAAGAAUAAGAAAAGGAUGCGUACCUCAACUUCUCAACUGCUUAUAAAUGCAGAUGUUGCACACUCAGAAGAGACCAAUCCUUCAUGUACCUAUGUUCAUCAUUCAAAGCCUCUGGAUAUUAAUCUUAACGAGCUCUUCAAGAUCGACGAUGAUGAUCCUGCUGACUCGGACAAUCUUGGGCCAGAGAUCGUGGAAGAUACUGCUUGCACUACUCGAGCUGAGAUCGACGACAGUACAUACUUUGUCAUACCAAUCAAGUUUCGUCAAUUCAUCACAACAGCAGCUAACGAACAGUUUGUAGAGCUCCCAAACCAUCCGCUACACUGUGCCCAACAGAACUCGCCAACUUUCACACAGUUUAUACCCAUCAAUCGUCCAAUCGGCUCUAUCUAUGACACAUAUGUUUGCUUCAUUACCAUCCAUGAGGCUCGCAGCUGCUCUAUAGUUCUACCCACUGAUUUUGCAGUAUGUGCAUUCCCUUCUAGGAUGGACUUUGUAUGCCUUCGACAUAUUGGAGGCGUUGAUUACAAUAUGGAAAUUCACUGGAUGUAUAUCCUUUCAUUCGUCGAGGUACAACUUAUCAGGGGAUGGCGAUACUUUGUUAGGAAUAACCACUUGAGGCCAGGUAGUAAAAUUAGACUUACCGUCUCAUCCUUGAAUGAGUCAGUAAUGUACACGGAGCUUAUCAAACUAUGAUCAACACAACCUUCAGUAUAGGUAAAUAAAUGUUAAUGAAGGUAUAACAAGUAUUUUGUCGAGUCACUCUAGGAACCAUUGAUCACAUCGACCCUUUAAGAAAUAACAUUCAUAUUGCUUAUCAUAUUACAUUGUUAGAUGUAUAUCAUGGUUCAUGGAGUUACUUUUCAAUGCACACCAUGGAACCCCCUUUUGUAUAAGUGAUGAGAAAGUUCCUUAAGUUAAUGUAAUCACUCCGUGUAGAAUCUAUCACCCUGUAGUUACUAAUUAUGUGGGUAUUGACUUCUCUUUUUUUUAAUACCAAAUACUUAUCACUUAUGUGGAAUGAUUUGACGGCUUAAAUUCAGCUACAUGAGAUAGGGAAACUUAGUUACCAUAGUGUGAAUUUAUAAGCACAGACAUGAGCAGCAUAUCCAUUUAAGCACAAUGACUAAUGACUAAUAUAGACCAUUGUUAAC